AGGACCCUCACCUCCCAGAGCCAUCUUUCACUUCAACCAAGAAUCAUCACUGGACUCAUGGAUACAUUCGGUUAGAUAGGAGGAAGAAUAGGACGAUGGCUACACACAAGAUGAUAGCCUCGCCUUGUUAGCCCUGUUGUAAGGCAAACCAAAUGAGCUUGAGUUGGUCCGAGCCAGAGUCCAGAGCAUUCAAGAGCGAGUCUAUAGAAGCCCGUUCCUGUCCUGCGAUCAACCGGCCGAAUGAUCCAUUGCUAUCACUUAUCCACAACUUAACCAACUGACUCCCUCUCAACACAACACCGCCACCACCACUACCAGCCUCUUCCACUAUGAAGCUCUCCCUUCCCACCGUCCUCGCAGCCGCCUGCGCCCACGGCGCCGCCGCGCUGCACAUCAACCUCUACACAAGCACCAACUGCAAUGGACCCUUCUUCAUGUGCGUCAACUGGACUCGCAACACAUGCUGCGAUCCCAACUACCCCUCACGUCGAUUCGUGUCCGUCGAAUUCACCAACCUGGACAGGUCGCGCGACUGGGAGUUGCGCGUCUACAACGGCGGCGGCUGCACGCGCCGCACCGCUACCGACGGCAGCGGCGGCCGCAGCUCCGUCUGCUUCGUCCGAGAGCCUCCUUACACAGGCGCCGGCUGGGGCAACUUCAACCGCGAGCGCGACGUGGAAGGUGGUGAUGAUGACGCGCCCGUCGGAUGCCGCCGGCCACAGGAGCUGGGGUUUCCGGACGGGGCCCGGUUCAACCUCACGUUCCUAAGCCGCACCGUUCCGCCGGCUUGCCACCGCGAACCUAUCAACAGUGUUUCGUACUCCGUAUCGGCCCCUCUGAGCGGACAAGGUUCGCAGAUACUGCGAGUGAACUCAAAUCGAGGCACCGGCCCGGUGCUCUAGAUAUUAGAGAUGAGGAGCCCGAUUAUUUUGGUAUGAAAAGGGUUCAAAAAUAGUCGUGAUAGCAUGCCAUCGGGCCCAGAAUGGCAAACGCCAUCUGUGAUUGCUGCACAAUCGCCUAUUUGCGUCAAGGGCUUCACAGAA